CUUAAUUAUAAGCUUUUUGAAAAUAUGGCUCAGAUUGCUAAGAUCUCAGAGCAGGUUCAGCUCAAGUCUUGUGGCCAAAAAUUCUAUGACCAUUUUGCGAACAAAAUGGAUCGUUUUGCUCAUUUGUUCCCUCAAAACCUCAAGGGCUAUGAGUUUGUGGAGGGAAAUGGUUUCACUCAUGGCAGCGUCAUGUAUUGGAUUUAUUAUUGGUUUGUUUUCGGCCAAAACACAGGUAUCCCAGCUGAAGUAAAGACGAGGCUAAUGGUGGAUGAGCCCAACAAAUCAAUUACUUUUGAAUGUGUUGAAGGAGAUUUGUUAAAGGAUUUUGAAGUUUUCCAAGUGAGAGUUGAAGUUACAGAUGGUGGAAACAGUGGCAUGAGCUCAGUCAGAUGGUGUAUGGAAUUUGUGAAGAAAAAUGAAGAUGUUCCUUCACCACAUAACUAUCUCCAAUUUGGAGUUAAAGUGUGCAAAGGCCUUGAUGCUUACCUUUCCAACAAAUGAACUACAAAAAAAGCAACACCAACUUGGCUUUGGUUGUUGAAAUAUAUUGUAUGAAUAAAUUUGGGUUCAUUAUAUUUAUGGUAUCCAUGGCUUUCCUUUAUUA